ACCAAACUACUGACUCUUGUAAACCCGUAGUUUCAAUGUUCCAACCGCCCCCAUAUUUUUGACAGGCCGACCCGCCAAAGCAAGGCCAAUAUUCCCACCGCCAAAAAGAAGUGUUGGUAACUAAGGAAGUAUAAAUACGCAAUUUACCAACACAGUUUGCAAUUCUAUUCUAUCAAUUAGAAUGCGAAGAGUCUGUGAACAUUUUGCGCUCAACGAUGAAUGUGUUGAAGCUGAAGGCGGUGCCCAAUGAGAACCCUAAGGAGAAUGUGAAAAGGGAAACGGUGGAUCUCGGAAAUGGAAGCGACGUCGUAUACAUUCAGAGGUUAAUACCCUCCGAUCAGUCAUGGAAAUGGUUCCAAUACCUCGACAAACACAUUCCAUGGACCAGACCCACCAUUCGCGUCUUUGGAAAAUCCUUCCUGCAGCCUCGAGACACAUGUUAUGUUGCAACUCAAGGUUUGACGGAGUUGACUUACAGUGGAUAUCAGCCGCAUGCAUAUUCUUGGGAUGAUUAUCCACCACUUAAAGACAUGUUGGAUGCUGUCCAUAAAGCUCUUCCUGGAAGUAGUUUUAAUAGCUUGCUCUUAAAUAGGUACAAUGGUGGUAAUGACUAUGUUGGUUGGCAUUCUGAUGAUGAGAAGCUUUAUGGACCAACUCCUGAAAUUGCGUCUCUAACUUUUGGAUGUGAACGUGACUUUGUUCUGAAGAAGAAGCCAUGUAAAAAAUCAUGUGAUGGAAGUGAUGAACCUGCCAGCAAGAGAUUAAAGAAGGGUGGCCAUGACGCUGAUCAGCAUACAUUUAGACUUAAGCAUGGAUCACUUUUGGUAAUGAGAGGUCACACCCAAAGAGAUUGGAUUCACUCAGUGCCCAAGCGUGCAAAAGCUGAAGGCACGCGCAUUAACCUUACCUUUAGGCGGGUUUUUUGAUUGGCUUGUGGCCAGAGCGAGUUUCGGUUAAUAUGCUAGAAGUAUGUUUUUGUGACUGAUACGUUUGUAAAGUUGUCUUGAGUAAUAUGAAUAUGAUUGUGUCCUACUUAAUAUUUCAAGCUUUAUGUUCAUGUUACUACCA